UGAGGUGACCAUCUGGGUUCAAGCACUGAAUUCAUGAUCAGGAGUCCUGGGCUGAGCUCCAAACUUGACUGCAGAUGGGUAAGUUGCUGUGCCUCAGCUUUUUCUGCCUUUAAAAUGGGGGCAGCACCAAUGUCAGCAAAGUGUUGUGGAGCUCAUGUAUUCAGGCACACCACAGUGUUUCCUCAGUGGAUGAAGGAGGAGGACAACGCUAUUUGCAAGAAAAAAGGUGAAGUAACUGUCUGUAAUUAUUUUGUAUUUUAUGCUGGUUUAUUUCCUAGAAAUUGCUGCAGGCUGAAAUCAGAGUUGCACCCUACAUUAAAAAUAAAAUAUUGGGAAAAUGCCUUUCAGUUUUUACACUAUAACUGACAGAAGCCAGCAAGGGAAAGGUUAUUUGUAUGUGAAGGUAAAUUGUUGAAGUCAGUCUGCUAAGAGAAGUGCAAUGCCAUCCUUUUUUUUUUUUUUUUUUUUUUUGUUUGAGGUUUGCUCAGAAGCAGUCUGGAAGCUGGUAAGGAAACCCUUCAUUAGAAACUGGAUUCUUGUGUGAAACAGAGUCCCUUUAAAGCCCAGUGCCCUAUCAGUGUGACUGCUCCUCAUCAUCAAGGUCCCUUUAGCAAUGCUACAGACCAGGUGCUGUAAGUGAAAGUGGGAGAAGGAACAGCUCCAAUGAAGGUGUGGGAAGGAGCAGCACCCUAAAGAGAGACCCAUUUCUGCUCAGGACUUAGAGCUGUCCUGUAGCCUUUUCCUGAUCUUGUUGAUGAACAGAGUGAGCACUGAUGUACAUUAUACUUGUCACAGCAGUCUCAAGAACUACUGUUCAAACUGAGCUGAAAUGGAAGAAGUUCCAAAAGGAAUGAACCUAUUCAGAGGCAGAAGCCUUUUAGAACAGCCCUAACCAACCCACUUCUUCACUCCCUUAUGCUUCAGGAAAAGGGUGGGAGGGGCAGAGGGGCAACAUGAGGACAGCAGAUUUUGGAACAGCACCUGUAAUUUUAUGAAACUUUUCUACAUCUAUGUCCAUAUAACAUGAAUAGAUACUUGCCACAACUUGUCAUAUAUGGAUGACUUUUAAAGGAUGUCUCUUUCCAGAUUUAUCUGUUGCAAGCUGUUAAGGCAUCUUCAUUCUCUGGUUUUGACAUUUUUAGCAGUCAUUUAGGCAGCCUUUGCCCAUAAAGGUAUGACAGUGGGGUGUUUGUAAAACCUACUUUCACAGUCUCCAAAGGGUUAAUUUGCAAAGGUCCAGGGAGCUGUUGUUCACCAGGUGGGUAUUCUCUUCUUUCCAGUAGAUCUUUGUUUUCAGCUGCUAGCAAAAUGUAAUAAAUAAAAUGAAACCUUUGUAUUGUUAUUUUAUCUCAAAACAGUUUGACUUUCAGAAAAAAUUCACUGUAAUUGGCGAUGCAGUAGGCAGAUGAUGUGGAGUUAGCAAGCUAUAUGUUACCAAAACCAGUAAAGCUUUUCUUAUUAUUUACUAGAAGCAGGAUUUCUCUCUUGGUGAUCUUGAUUCUGAAGGCAAAUUCUGAUGAUCUCAGUUCCUUAAAAAACCGCAAUUUUUCUGGUCUUCCUGAAAGCUUUUUCAGGAUGGAAAAAUCCUAAAGAGAAUUGAAGAGCUGGCCUUUAGAAUGAAGAAAUACUCACUUUUUAUUUAGCCAGCUAUAGUAGGCUAUAGCACUCACUUGACGUCUGCUUUCAUUCGCAUUGGCAAUAUUCAUUUUUCAGCAGUGCACUUAACAUGCAGAGAUAUGAAUUGGUUUUGCAGUUCAAAUGUCCCCAGUGCUGGAAAGUGUUUAGUUAUGCAAGCAUGAAACUGAAUUUAGUUAGCCAUGAUGUUAAAUCUUGACUGAGGCUUUCCCAGGGCACGGUGAGUGUAGCUGUGCAGGCCUCUUGAAACAACACAGUAGUGAGAAUUAUUGAGAGCAGAGAGAGAAACCCGUAGGCAGGGACUUGAGGGCUGGGUUAAGUUUGUGUGCUGCAGUGAGCUGUGCUGAGAAAGAAUGUGUGAGACCAUGGAUGUGAGUGAGUGGCCUUCCAGAUACUGUAUUUGCUUUUUAUUCUUGCUGUAUUAAAACCUGCUUAACCCAAGUCUAAUGAUCAAAUUCGUUCUGAGAAUUUAAUUUUUUUCCUUCCUUUUUCCUUUCAUUUGAUGCUGCUUCCUCUCUCCUUCCUACCUUCUUGACUCUGCCUGAUCAGGCUCCUCCCCGUCCUCCUCUUCCCAAAGAGGAAAGCUUUGCAUGGCGCCCUCGCACUGACACUAAAGUGACCAACCUGUUGCCAGUGCCCAUCAUGGACUGUGUGUACCUGAAUGCACCCAAGCCUUACUCACAGCGUGCAUCACCAAACACCAGUGCACGCUGUUAUUUGUCAUCACCUACCCCCUACGGGGCUGUCCCCAGUGGGAAGCAAGGCUUGCCAGCAGGGUGUUCUCCCUCUUCAGGCCCCAAAGAUGAGGUGCAUGCUGGGCAGCCACUCUUGGAAAGUCACUCCUCAUCAGGUGCAUCAUCCAUACAACUCAACCCUGCCAGGGCAGAUCCCAGUAGUAAGGCUGGAAUGAAUUCCAGUCAUGAGACGAAGGCGGAUAAAAAGGUCAGCAAACUAUAUGUAGCUUGUUUAUCUAACAGCACUUGCUCAGGCGCAUCUCAAAAUUCCACUGGCACCACACGUGACCCAGCAGCCAGCACCAGUUUGGGCGCUGAGCUCACUCAGGCACCAGCCACCAACAUUGUUCCCUCUGUAACAGACACUGAAAAGUCUCUUCCUGCUGCUCCUCCUCCUCCUAUUCCUCCCAGGCCGUACUUUUACAUUGUCCUCAGCAAAGACGCAGUUAGUUAUGGUGCAGGCCAGCCCUCCCGGACUCAGCCGUCACCUCCGCAAGCUGUGAGGGACAGAGUGCUAGAGCCCCAGAGCACAGCUGCCACAGAGGACAGGAUGAGAAAAGAGCCUUACCUUACUCAGCAGCGACAGCCACCAUACAAGGCAAUGGGACGCAGCAUGGACCCAGGUCCUGUGCUAAAUGAAGUGCCCCAGCCUGGCACUGACUAUCCAAGCUCCAUCACUUCCAUAAGCAAGUCUGCCUCUGCCUAUCCUUCUACCACAAUCGUCAAUCCCACUAUUGUCCUGUUGCAACACAAUCGAGAACAGCAAAAAAGGCUUAGUAGCCUGGCAGAUUCAGUGCCAGACAGAUUAGUUUCUGACAGAGUUGAUUCAGCACUUCUGCGGGACAAGCCGGCUCAGGAGACUGUGCCAAGUGAGAAGAGGGCAGUGGAGGAGAAGAGAAGCACUGUCAGGAGCCCUCCCUACAUGGCUGAUACCUCUGUUGAUGACAUUGGAAUUCCACUGAGGAAUACAGACAGAUCGAAGGACUGGUACAAGACGAUGUUCAAACAGAUCCACAAGCUAAAUAGAGACAAUCCUGAAGAAAACCCCUAUUGCCCUACCUACACAUUUCCUGAACUUCCUGAAAUCCAGCAAAAAACUGAAGAAGACAAUCCUUAUUCUCCUACAUACCAGUUUCCUGCGUCUACUCCUAGUCCUAUCUCUGAAGAUGAAGAUUCUGAUUCAUUCUCUCCGCGUUAUUCCUAUUCUGAGGACAGCAGAACCCAAGUUCCCCGCUCCAAGAGUGAGAUGGACAAUAUAGAUUCAGAGAAGGUUGUGAAGAGGUCUGCCACUUUGCCGCUGCCAAACCGUGCUUCAUCACUGAAAUCAAGCCCAGAAAGGACUGACUGGGAGCCUCCAGACAAGAAGGUGGACACCAGAAAAUACCGUGCAGAACCCAGGAGCAUUUAUGACUAUCAGCCAGGGAAGUCCUCUGUUCUGAACAACGAAAAGAUGACUCGGGAUAUAAGCCCAGAAGAGAUAGAUUUAAAGAAUGAACCUUGGUAUAAAUUCUUUUCGGAAUUGGAGUUUGGGAAACCGCCUCCAAAAAAGAUUUGGGAUUAUACUCCUGGAGAUUGCUCUAUCCUUACUAGAGAGGAUAGAAAGAGUGAUCUAGAAAAAGACCUCUACCUCUACCAGACUGAGUUAGAGGCAGAUUUAGAAAAAAUGGAGAAGCUUUAUAAAGCACCACAUAAAAAGCCACAGAAGAAUACAGCAGGUGUUACUCCUCUGGAAACUUCCACAGACCAUUCUUCCUACUCCACUUAUUCACCCAACUACCAUGCAGUGAAGAGAGAGUCAGAGCUAGCUGUGGGGGACCCUACUGCCUUGGAGAAUGAAAGGCAGAUUUACAAGAGUGUGCUGGAAGGUGGAGAUAUCCCAUUCCAGGGGCUGAGUGGUCUCAAGCGGCCUUCGAGUUCUGCUUCCACAAAAGUGGAUCGUAAAGGUGGGAAUGCUCAUAUGACUGCACCCUCUUCAGUUAAUAGCCGAACCUUUAAUGCUAGUCAUACCGGUAUGUUAGGUCACGCAUGUAAACAUAAGAAGCCUUUAUCAGCUGCCAAAGCCUGCAUUACUGAAAUCCUCCCUUCUAAAUUCAAACCCAAACUAGCAGCUCCAGCUGUUCUUGUGCAGGACAAGACGGGUAUCUUACUGUCUCAUGAGAAAGCUCAAAGCUGUGAAAACCUUCGUAGCUCCACUGCCUUGUUUGAUAAUAAAAAGGCUUUCAUGGUAGACAUGGGGGAAAGCAUAGAAAACAUCUUGAUGAAGUCGAAGCAAGAGUAUGCCAUUAAAUCUGGCAGUACCAUGAGCCUGCAGGAGUAUGGCACCAACUCUAGGAAAGGCUACCUGUUCGCUGCCUCCAGAAAGAGUGGGGUGGAGUUUACAACACUCUAUAAAGACAUGCACCAGAUCAACCGGUCCAGGAUCCAUUUGGACACAGUUUCCUCCUGCAGUGUGAAGGAUAUUGCAUCUCAGUUUGAGAAUGAAGUGAAGGACAGGAUGGAGCACAGCCUUAGUCGAGAGGAUUCAGAGCAGAUCCCCAAAGACACCGUUUCCUCCCGUAUCAGUGCCUUUGAGCAGCUGAUCCAGAGAUCCCGAUCGAUGCCCUCACUUGACUUUUCCAUUGGGCUAAACAAACCCACCACUUCUCUUCAGUCUAAAACUUGUCUGAGUGCUGCAUACUCUGCAGAGAUUCUUCUGGAUUUGUCAAAAGCACACCAAGUAGAAAAGGAUGUUCCCAGCUUUGCAGAUAAAUCCUCCCACUCCUGCAGCAAUGUGGAAGACACGGCUUCGGAUGUCAGUGAUGUCAUCCCUAUGGACACACUUUCAGCUUGCACUGAUGAGAUAGAUCUUCUCUCAAAUGCCUCCAAUGAUAGUGGCAGCAGCUCCAGCAACCUGAAUGGGCCUCAGAAGCAUAAAAUCAACAGAUGCAAAGGCUCAUGCCCAGCUUCCUACACCAGAUUCACUACCAUCCGAAGGCAUGAACAGCAGCAGGCCUCCAGGCACCCUGAUUCCAAAGGGGAUGUCUAUGGGGACAGGCACAUGCUCCCCAGAAAUGUCUACCUAAUGAGCCCGCUCCCAUUCCGAUUGAAAAAGCCCUUCCAACACAAAUCCUGCAGAACUCCGCCCCCAGACUGCCUGGCAAGCCUGGCAGUGCCCAGCCCUGAGAACCCAGACGACCCCAUACAGCUGCAGGGGAGUGUAGGAAACAAGAGUCACCACUCCCAGCACCAACCUUGCUCCAGAAGCGGGCCUCUUGCUCCCCGGCGCCUGUCCUCCUUUGACAUUGUGGAGAGGCUUGGCUACUUCCCCACCAUGGGAUCUAGCCGGGAUAGCUUCAUGGGCCGGGCUGACAUUCCUGACUCCUUAAACAAUGGGAACCCUGUUUCAUAUGCCCUCUACCACAGCCUGGACACAAACAACAACCCGCAAAGUGAACUUGGGACGUACCUAGGAGAUUCAGAAUCACCAAGGCAUUUUGCACCAGUUGAUUACAUGGAAACUCCAGAAGAAAUCCUCCGCAGGCGGUAUGAUGAUAAAGAGAAACUUUUAGAGGACCAGAGACGGCUUAAACGUGAGCAAGAAGAAGCUGAUAUUGCCGCUAGAAGGCACACAGGGGUUAUUCCAACGCACCAUCAGUUUAUCACUAAUGAACGAUUUGGGGACCUCCUAAAUGUAGACGAUACUGCAAAGAGGAAAUCUGGGUCAGAGAUGAGACCUGCUAGAGCCAAGUUUGACUUUAAAGCACAGACACUAAAGGAACUUCCUCUGCAAAAAGGAGAUAUUGUUUACAUUUACAAGCAGAUUGACCAGAACUGGCUCGAAGGUGAACACCAUGGCAGAGUUGGCAUCUUCCCACGAUCAUACAUAGAGUUCCUUCCACCAGCUGAGAAGGCUCAACCCAAAAAGCCAUUACCAUUGCAAGUAUUGGAAUAUGGAGAUGCUAUUGCUAAGUUCAACUUCAAUGGGGAUACCCAAGUGGAAAUGUCCUUCAGAAAGGGUGAAAGGAUCACGUUGAUUCGACGAGUGGAUGAGAACUGGUAUGAAGGAAGAAUCCCUGGCACCAGUCGCCAGGGCAUCUUCCCCGUCACGUACGUGGAGGUGCUCAAGCGGCCAGUGGUCAAGAACGCCAUUGACUAUCCUGACCCACCCGUGUCCCUCUCCCCCAGCCGCAGCAUCACAGCCUCACCACAGUCUCCCAGCUCUGAGCUGCUCCAUACUCCAACUCCUCCGCCUUUGCCUUUUGCGCGCCGCGCUUUGUCUCCAGAGGUGCAGGCGGUCACAUCCGAGUGGAUUGCUCUGACCGUGGGAGUGUCUCCCAGCACCACUCCUGCCAUAACUCCUCCAUUGCCUCCUCCGCCCGAAGCCUCCCUCUCUCACCCUGACUAUCUCUCGCCUUCUGCUGCAGCCAGCCCUUCCCCCACAGUCAGCCUGCACCAUUCUCAUCUCUCUGGCUCCUCGACUCCCAGGUCCGUUAGGUCCCCAUUGCCCUCUUCCUCAUCCAGACCUCAAUCCUCUGCCCGCAGUUUCUACCAGGCCACUCCACAAAACGAAGAGAAGUUUGUUGACUCCCCUUCUCCCAGCGUGACUUACUCUAACUCCUCUCGCUGGGCAGUGGAGAGCCCCGAGAGCAUCCUCGCAGAGCAGCGUGACACCACUGCCAGCCCAGCCUGGCUCCCAAAGGCAGGAGAGGGCAGCAGCCACGCUGAGCACAGUGCUCAUGCUGUCCCCAAGAUCUCUGUUGAGCGCUGCCUGAAACCGUCCCAGCUAGACAUGCGUGCGAGCCCAGAAAGGAGACCUGUGGGUUCCUCUGAGGACAACCAGUUGUGUCAGGAGCUAAUGGCUAUUGUUCAGGGAGGUAAAACAGAGAAAAGAGACGUGAGGAAAGGUGAUACAGGAAAGUUUCAAAGCGGGGAAAAGAAGACUGCAGACUCAAAAGUAUUCUCUUCAUCUGCUCCUCUCUCUUCCUCUACCCUCUCUUCCUCUACUGUCACAACCCAGCCACCUCCCAGACUUACACGCAGAGUCAAUAAGCCACAGCCUUCCCACCAUUCAUUGAGAGCUGGACCAGAUCUCACAGAGUCUGAAAAGAGCUAUGUGCAACCUCAAGCACAGCAGCAAGGAGCCAGCCCUGAGCGAAGUCAAACACCACGAGACAUAGUUAGCUACCAAGCCCUCUACAGCUACACUCCUCAGAAUGAUGAUGAGCUGGAACUGAGGGACGGUGACAUUGUUGAUGUGAUGGAGAAAUGUGAUGACGGCUGGUUUGUGGGUACAUCCAGGAGAACAAGGCAAUUUGGCACCUUCCCAGGCAACUACGUGAAGCUUCUGUACCUGUAAAGUAACAGUGAUCCCACCAUGACAAGGAUGGUGGGAGUCCUUUCCAGAUGGUGUUUUUAAACAGUGAAGAAACAGACAAUUUAUGAAUGUAAUAGACAAGAGAUGAGAAGUGUUAGGAGGAUGUGGUUAUGUGGUACACUAUUGAGUUGAAUGUGUAGCCCUGCUUCCAUGGAGUCAGGGUGUGAUUUGUUUGCUGAAGAAGAGACAGUUUCUAGUUUACAGUGCUGCCUUUGUGUAUUCCUCUCCCUUCCCCAGUAAAAGUUUUGAUGAUAAUCUUAAUUUGUACGGAGUACUUACCUCUGAGAAGGCUUCAGGGAAGCACAUGGUAUAGGUUUUGUUUGUGUGUUGAGAUAGGGUAGUGCUUUGGGGCAGUACUCAGCCCCGCAGCUGCUCACGUUGGCUGGCACAGGAGUUCAGGAACAGGAGUUCAGGAAACAGGCUUGCUGCCCAGUUUCUGCCUUGCUGAAGACUCACUAUUCUCUGCCUUCUAUUUCCAUAGAAAACCUUUCCUUCAUGUCAUGCAUCUUAAGACCCAGCAGAGGCAGAGGACAGCUGAUUCAAUUGAAUUGCAGAGCUCUGUGUGGAAAAGGAGUUUGGGAUUGGUGGUUUAAUCCAGAGAGGUCAGCCAAAGCGUAAUGCAAAAGUGCAAAAAUCCCAAACCCUUCAAUAACAUAUCACUGAUCUCUGCAGGGUUUUUUCUUUUGUGCAGGGGGUGUGUGUGUGAAUGUAUUGUGUGCAAAAUUAACUGAGUCCUGUUUUUAAAGAGAAAUCAGCCUAGCUUUGACAUUUAUCUGCACAAAGAGUAGAACCAAUAAACAGAACAUCCGUGAGGGCAAAUUCUCUUUGAGUCCUACGGCUGUUCACUUUCUCUGCUCCUCUUGCCCAGUCGCUGGCCCUAAAGGAUCAUACACCUUUUCCAGUGUAUGCUUUGGGAUGAAAUGCUGGGACUUCUUUCCCAGCAUUAAAUCUUAGAGGCUCUGAUAAAUCUGAAAAAUGGAUCACUGAGGGUGCCUUUUUUUUUUCAUUUUGGUUAGAGUGUUGAUGGUAGGUCAAAUAAAUACAUGCAUUUUGGCUGCCUCUUAGUCAUACAAAAAAGUCUAAUCAAUUUGGAAAGCUGUUCCCAGCAGUUACUACCAGUUACAUAGAUUUGUAUUUCCUUGAGGGGAAAAAAAACCCCAUGGCUUGGCUGUAUGUUUGCCUGUAAAUCCACUCUGAAUACUCUUUUGAUAGACUUUUUGUUAUUAAGAAAAAGCAUAAACAAAACCAAUUCUAUCAGACUCUGCUUCCUACAAUUGCCGUACAAAUAGCAAAGGGUAGAUUGCUAUUUUGUCAUAAGCCGUAUUUAAUAAUAUAAAAUGCCUAUUUUUAUGCUGAUGCUUUUAUACAGAUUUAUUAAGAGUAAACUACAACUAACUGUUAGCACGACUUGCAAUGUUUUGAUAAACUAGCCAUGCUCCUGGGUUUGAAAUCAAGUAGGCUUGUCUUCCGUCUCAGUCAGCGGAAGAGAAGACUCUGUGUCUCAGAAGUUUGACUGUAAAUAUGUAUAUUUAACUUUGUACAGACAAUGUACUUACCUUGUAUAGAGAAAUAAUUUAAACACAUUGAGUGAAGGGAGGGGAAAAAAGGCAGUUGUGAAAGGUUGGGAUUUUUUUCCACUUUAAUUUAAGUGAUGGAAUUCUGUGUAUGUUCACAUAAAGAGUUUUAGCACAAAAUAUUCAUUAUGAAAGGUUUCAGAUAUGAUACAAAGCACCACUGUUUAUUUUCUGCAGGAGGUAUCUUGAAUCCUGCAUCUUAUUUAUGGGUUAGUUGUUCUGCUUUGGGUUUGCCCUCCAGUUAUUUGCAACAAUGUUUAGGCCUGUUGGUAAGAUUGGAUAACACCAAAUAAAUGUAUCCAGCAAAGUAACAUGUUGAUAUUGAUUGUAUAUAACAUACUCAUUUAAAAGUUAAUUUUCUGUUCCUGCUCUUGCCAGUUUAAGUUAAACACAAACACACACACACACAUACACACACACAUCACACAUAUCCACACAAACUGCAACUUCUUUUUGUGUUGAUUUUUUGUUUCUUAUUGCAGUGGAUUACUAUUUGGCAAUUAAUAAAUGGAAUUAUUGAAUUAC